UCCCCGAGCGGCCGCGACCGGGCGCCGAGCCGCGCUCCGGGCUCCGGCGGGCGCACGGCCCCGCCCGGCGCCCACCGCCCUGCCCUCGCCUGUCUCCUCCUUUCCCCGGGGCUCCGCUGAGUUCAUUCACUGGGAUUGGUUUCAAGUGACGCCAUCUCUUUAUUUUUAAACCAAUGACCUCACCCGCGCUUGAAGUUUCCUGACCAGCGACUCUUUCUCUUUCCCCCCACCCCCCCGCCCCACCCCCCCGCCUUUCCCCCUCUUUCUGGGUCUCCCUGUUUGGGGGUCUCCGAUCAGUUCUCAAACGACUAUCGCCCCCUCUCCCAACGCCCCCUGCGUGCCCCCCGCUGCCCCCCACCUCCACCUCCCCAGGUUCCUCGCCCCUUUCAACAGUGUUUUUUCAAGGCUGAUCGGGGGUUGGGGGGGGAGAGAAAGAGUGAAGAAAAGUUGCAAACGUCUCCUCGCUUCCUAAGCCUCCCGCCCCCACCCGCCCCUCCGAGCAGGAGAAGAUAAUAUAGUGAAAAGAAGAGGAGGAGGAGAGCGCGACGGGACGGACGCGAGCGGGAGCGCAGCCGCCCUCCCGGCUCCACCGCGGCGCCUCGCAGGUCCGGGAGGCGAGGGGGCCCCGCGGGGAGACGUCGUGACAACGUUCGUUUCUCCCCCCCACCCCCCCCCCCGACCCCGAGGCAGCCGGGAGGCCGGCGGCCCCGAAAGACAUGAAUUACCUAUUUCACAGAUGAGGAAACUAAGACCUUAGACUAUCCAAAUUCCGAAGCAAGUAAGAAGUGGCAGUGAAGCUGGAUCUGAGACCUUCUGACUCAUUCUCAGGCUUUCAGCCCCGUGUAAAGCUGUUGGAGCGAGGGAACAGAGGUAAAGAAUGAUGUGAUGCGCUGGCUGCCCCAAAGCAUCUUUUGUUGGAGUGGUUAUUCCAGUCAUCGCUUUAUGAAUCAAAUGUGAGGGGCUGCUUUGUGGCAGGAGGCCUUUGCAAGUGCACAUCAACGGGAAAGAGAAAGAGACAUUCACUUGGAGGGCUCUUGCUGAAAAUGGGUUUAACUCUCCUCUUGCCAGUCGCCACCAGCCUGACCUCAUACAUUUCAGUACAAUGCAGUGGCUGAGCCUUUGAGCACACCACCAUUACAUCAUCGUGGCAAAUUAAAGGAGGAGGUGGGAAAAGAGGACUUAUUGUUGUCAUGGCCCAUGAGAUGAUUGGAACUCAAAUUGUUACUGAGAGGUUGGUGGCUCUGCUGGAAAGUGGAACGGAAAAAGUGCUGCUAAUUGAUAGCCGGCCAUUUGUGGAAUACAAUACGUCCCACAUUUUGGAAGCCAUUAAUAUCAACUGCUCCAAGCUUAUGAAGCGAAGGUUGCAACAGGACAAAGUGUUAAUUACAGAGCUCAUCCAGCACUCAGCCAAACAUAAGGUCGACAUUGAUUGCAGUCAGAAGGUUGUAGUUUACGAUCAAAGCUCCCAAGAUGUGGCUUCUUUGGCUUCAGACUGUUUUCUCACUGUACUCCUGGGUAAACUGGAGAAGAGCUUCAGCUCUGUUCACCUGCUUGCAGGUGGGUUUGCCGAGUUCUCCCGCUGUUCCCCUGGCCUCUGUGAAGGAAAAUCCACCCUAGUCCCCACCUGCGUUUCUCAGCCUUGCUUACCCGUUGCCAACAUUGGGCCAACCCGAAUUCUGCCCAGUCUCUAUCUUGGCUGCCAGCGAGAUGUCCUCAACAAGGAGCUGAUGCAACAGAAUGGGAUUGGUUAUGUGUUGAAUGCCAGCAAUACCUGUCCCAAGCCUGACUUCAUCCCCGAAUCUCAUUUCCUGCGAGUGCCUGUGAACGAUAGCUUUUGUGAGAAAAUUUUGCCAUGGUUGGACACAUCAGUAGAUUUCAUUGAGAAAGCAAAAGCCUCCAACGGAUGCGUCCUAGUGCACUGCUUGGCAGGGAUCUCCCGCUCGGCCACCAUUGCCAUCGCCUACAUCAUGAAGAGGAUGGACAUGUCCCUGGAUGAAGCUUACAGAUUUGUGAAAGAAAAAAGACCUACAAUAUCUCCGAACUUCAAUUUUCUGGGCCAGCUCCUGGACUACGAGAAGAGGAUUAAAAGCCAGACCGGAGCGGCGGGGCCCAAGAGCAAACUGAAGCUGCUGCACCUGGACAAGCCGAGCGAGCCCGUCCCCGUGGCCGCAGAGGGCGCCCAGGGAGGCCAGCAGCCCCUCGGGCCACCCCGAGCCCGCCCCGCUCCCGCUCCCUCGGAGGCGGUGGGGCCCCGGUCUGCGCCCCCCGCCGGGGGGCCUGGCGCCCAGCCCUCGCCGCCGCCCGACGACAGCCCCCUGGUCCAGGCGCUCAACGGGCUCCACCUGCCCUCGGACAGGCUGGAGGACAGCGGCCGCCUCAAGCGCUCCUUCUCCCUGGACAUCAAGUCGGUGUCGCCGCCGUCCGGCGCGGCCGCGCCCCUGCCCCUGCACGGCCUCUCCUCCCCGGAGGCGGCCCUGGAGCUCUACAAGGCCUCCUCCGCCCUGGACGGCGCCGGCAAGCCGUGCCAGUUCUCCCCGGUGCGGGAGGUGUCGGAGCAGACGCCCGAGGCCAGCCCGGACCGGGAGGAGGCCGGCCUCCCGCCGGAGCCCCAGCCUCCCAGGCCCGCCGACGGCCAGGGCGCGCGGCCCCGCCCGGGGAGGCCGCUGCUGUCGCCCCUGCACCGCAGCGGGAGCGUGGAGGACCACUGCCAGCCCCGCUUCCUCUUCGGCCUCUCCGCCAGCCAGCAGCACCUGGCCACGUCCGCCGCCGGCCUGGGCCUCGAGGGCUGGCACUCGGACAUCCUGGCCCCGCAGACCUCCGCCCCCUGCUUGACCAAGAGCUGGUAUUUCGCCCCGGAGCCCCCUCACUUCUACUCCGCCUCGGCCGUCUACGGGGGCCACGCCGGCCACCCCGCCUUCAGCUGCAGCCAGCUGCCCACGUGCGGCGGCGACCCGGGCCACUCCGUGCGCCGGCGGCACAAGCCCAGCGACAGGGCCGACUCCCGGCGCAGCUGGCACGAGGAGAGCCCCUUCGAGAAGCAGUUCAAACGCAGAAGCUGCCAGAUGGAGUUCGGCGAGAGCAUCAUGUCAGAUAACCGGUCGCGGGAGGAACUGGGGAAGGUGGGCAGCCAGUCGAGCUUUUCAGGCAGCAUGGAAAUCAUCGAGGUCUCCUGAGAAGAAAGACCCUUGUGACUUCUAUGGACAACUUUUUUCUUGUUCACAAAAAAAUAUUCCCUGUAAAUCUGAAAUAUAUAUAUGUAUAUACAUAUAUAUUUUUGGAAAAUGGAGCUAUGGUGUAAAAGCAAAACGUGGAUCGACACCU